AUGUACGAGUACGUAAGAAAUAUUUCCGACCGGGUUCCUGACCUAUGCGUCCAGUCCCCCCCUUCUCUUGCUCUUUCUUUCUUUCUUCGCUUGCUACUUGAUUGGAUAUACACAACGGGAAGAAAAACGAGAGGCCUCCUCUAUUGUGCAUAUCGACGGGCGCAUCGAGCCGCGUAUAUUCAUUCCGAUCCGGCAAGGUACCACGAUCAGAUAGCCCUGUUUUUCGAAUUUUCGAGCGUGUUGCUCUGGUAG